GUCUGAUAUUCGCAGCUGUCACUUUCCAUUUAAAAAGAAGCGUGUGUAAACAAUAAAGUUUCCGUCACAUUUAAAACUCGAAAAACUUCUCAAAUAAUGAAUUAAACCGCCCCAACCCUUAGACAAAAUGUUUUCCAUUUGUAAACAGUCGCAUCAGCCCACGGGGGUGGAGCACGCGAUCAGUUGUUUCUUUUUUAACAAGACCGAAAAGAGUCUGGUCACUGCUGGGGCCAACAUUUUAAAAGUUUUCCGCCUGAUUCCUGAUGUUGACCCCAAAAACCGAAACGAGAGAUAUUCAGAAUUCUUCCCUCCCAAGUCCAAACUGGAAUGUUUGGCCCAAUAUCAACUGUUCGGCAACAUAAUGUCUUUGCAAAGCAUCACAUUAGCCAACUCCCCCAGGGAUUCUUUACUGUUGGCCUUUGCCGAUGCCAAACUGUCUGUAGUCGAGUAUGACCCGGAGAAUCACGAAUUAAAAACCCUCAGUUUGCAUUACUUUGAAGAAGAUGACAUGAAGGACGGUUGGACCAACUUCUACCAUGUCCCAAUAGUCCGGGCUGAUCCGGAGAACCGUUGUGCCGUCAUGACAAUAUUUGGGCGCAAACUGGUCGUUUUACCAUUCAGGAGGGACACUUCUUUGGAAGACAAUGACCCAGAUGUGAAACCUUCCGGGGGGACCGGUGGGGCAGGGGCCCGAGCCCCCAUUUUAGCCUCUUACAUGAUCAAUUUGAAGGAUUUCAUCGAUAAAGUUGACAAUAUCAUCGAUAUCCAGUUUCUGGAUGGUUAUUACGAGCCCACUCUACUGUUACUCUAUGAACCUCUGAAGACUUUUGCCGGGAGAGUAGCGGUGAGGACGGACACUUGUGCCAUGGCGGCCAUUUCCUUGAAUUUACAGCAGAAGGUUCAUCCGAUCAUUUGGAGCGUCUCCAAUUUGCCGUUUGACUGCUUGAGGGCGCUGCCCAUCAAGAAACCGUUGGGGGGGACUUUGAUCUUUGCCGUCAACUCUUUGAUUUAUUUGAACCAGAGUAUUCCGCCCUAUGCCGUCUCUGUUAACAGUAUUGCCGAGCAGAGUUCCAGUUUUCCCAUGAAACCCCAGGAAGACGUGAAAAUCAGCUUCGAUUGCUCCCAAGUGGGAUUCCUGGACGACGACACCCUCGUCUUGUCAUUGAAAGGGGGCGAAUUGUACGUGUUGACCCUGUUGGCCGACAGCAUGCGCUACGUGCGCAGUUUCCAUUUCGAAAAGGCGGCCGCGAGCGUGCUCACCACAUGCGUCUGCAUCUGCGAGAACAAUUUCCUGUUUCUCGGCUCCCGAUUGGGCAACUCGCUCCUGUUGCGGUUCACGGAAAAAGCGAACGAGGUCAUCACCAUCGACGAAUCCAGUCAGCCGAGGAAAAAGCGCAAAUCGAGCAAAGAGGGGGGGGAAAUCGUGUCCGAUUCGUUGACCGAUUUCAUCGCCAGUGACGUCAUGGACAUCAGGGAUCCGGAGGAAUUAGAGGUUUACGGGAACCAACGGCAAACGGGGGUUCAGAUCAGUUCGUUCGUGUUCGAGGUGUGCGACUCCCUGUUGAACAUCGGCCCGUGCGGGCAAAUUUCGGUGGGGGAACCCGCUUUUUUGAGCGAGGAGUUCGGGGGAAACCCCGACUUGAACCUGGAGUUGGUCACGACCGCCGGUUACGGAAAAAACGGCGCGUUAUGCGUCCUCCAGCGGUCGGUGAAGCCCCAAAUCGUCACCACGUUCACCCUGCCGGGCUGUUUUAACAUGUGGACCAUCAGGAGUGGGGAGGACCGGCACGCCUUCCUGAUUUUGGGACAGGAGGAUGGCACUAUGGUCCUGCAAACCGGUCAGGAGAUCAACGAAAUCGACAACACCGGAUUCGCCACCCAUCAGGCGACCGUUUUCGCGGGCAAUUUGGGUCAAAACAAAUUUUGCGUUCAAGUCACCACGAUUUCCGUGCGUCUCCUCCAGGGGGCGGUGCAGUUGCAGCACGUGCCCAUGGACCUCGGAUCGCCCAUCGUCCACGUGUCCAGUGCGGAUCCGUAUAUUUCUUUGAUGACCGCCGACGGUCAAGUGAUCACGUUGAUGUUAAGGGAAACCAAAGGGGGAGCAAAGUUGGUCAUCAGUAAAUCCACCCUGUCCAAUAGCCCCGCGGUGACCACCAUUUGCAUGUACAAAGACACCUCCGGCCUGUUCACCAAUAAAAUACCGGACGAGUUUACUCACAUCCCGCAGCACUACAUCAGCGACCUCUCGGAACUGAAAACGGAAGCGGACAACGAGGAGGAUCUGCUCUACGGGGACAGCGACUUCAAGAUGCCCUCGCUCAGUGCCCCCCCCAAACCGAAAGUCUUCUACAAUUGGUGGAAAAAGUAUCUGACCCCCCACCGCGCCUCCUAUUGGCUGUUCGUCGUGCGGGAAAAUUCAAAUCUGGAAAUUUACUCGAUCCCCGACUUCAAGUUGAGUUUCUACGUGCAAAAUUUGUGUUUCGGGUCCAAAGUCCUGGUGGACUCCCUCGAGUCGGUCAUGAUCAAUCACGUGAACGAGGCCCAACUCCAGAAGGAGUUUCGGGUCAAAGAAAUCGCCAUGGUGGGGAUGGGCAGCAACGGGAGUCGCCCUUUACUAUUCGUCCGUCUGGAGAAGUCCCUCUACGUCUACGAAGUUUUCCGGUUUCACAAGGGAAAUCUGAAGAUGCGUUUCCGGCGAAUGCGUCACGAGAUCAUGUAUCAACCGAAUACCGUAAUUAACGACAUCGACCAGGCCAAUGUCGAUUUUCACGCGCUACAAGAGAAAAUGAGCAAAAUUCGUUGUUUCGAAAACGUGGCGGGGUACAGCGGGGUGUUUAUAUGCGGGGCGAGUCCCUAUUGGCUGUUUCUGACCAAGAGGGGGGAGCUGAGGGCGCACCCCAUGAACAUCGACGGGGAGGUGACCAAUUUCGCGCCCUUCAAUAACGUCAAUUGCCCCGAGGGAUUUUUGUAUUUUAAUAAAAAGUCCGAAUUGCGUAUCGGCAUCCUCCCCACCCACCUGAGCUACGACGCCCCUUGGCCGGUAAGGAAGGUCCCCUUGAGGUGCACCCCCCACUUCGUGACUUACCACCUGGAAACGAAGACUUACUGCCUGGUCACCAGUUUGGCGGAACCCUCCCAGACGUACUACCGAUUCAACGGGGAGGACAAGGAACUCACCCUCGAGGACAAGGGCGAAAAGUUCCCUUACCCCCUGCAGGAGAGUUUCAGUCUCUGUCUCUUCUCUCCCGUCUCUUGGGACGUCAUUCCCAACACGAAAAUCGACCUUGACGAGUGGGAGCACGUCACGUGUCUCAGGAACGUCGCUCUGGAAUACGAGGGAGCCAGGUCCGGACUUAAGGGCUACAUCGCGGUGGGGACUAACUAUAAUUACGGGGAGGAUAUUACGUCACGGGGCAGGAUUUUGAUUUAUGACAUUAUCGAGGUGGUUCCGGAACCGGGGCAACCUUUGACCAAAAAUAAGUUUAAGGAGAUUUACGCCAAGGAGCAAAAAGGGCCCGUGACGGCCCUGUCGCAGGUCAAAGGAUUCCUGGUGUCUGCUGUGGGGCAGAAGAUCUACAUUUGGCAACUGAAAGACAACGAUUUAAUUGGGAUCGCUUUUAUAGACACCCAGAUCUAUACCCAUCAGAUUUUAACGAUUAAAAAUUUGAUUUUAAUCGGGGAUGUUUACCAGUCGGUCUCGCUGUUGAGGUUCCAGGAGGAGUACCGGACCCUAUCGAUGGUUUCCAGAGACCUGCGGGCCUGCGAAGUCUACUCCAUCGAGUACAUGAUCGAUAACGCGAACAUGGGCUUCUUGAUGUCCGAUCGCGAGAAAAACUUGACGAUCUGCAUGUACCAACCGGAAUCGAGGGAGUCGCUGGGGGGUCAGAAACUGAUCAGAAAAGCGGAUUUCCACCUGGGGCAGGCGGUCACCACGUUUUUCCGCAUCAGGUGCAAACUGGGCGAACUGGGUGACGAGAAGCGACAUUUGAGUGGGGCGGAUCGUCGACAAAUCACCAUGUUCGCCACCCUCGAUGGGGGUUUGGGUUACGUCAUGCCCGUGGCGGAGAAGACGUAUCGCCGCCUGUUGAUGUUGCAGAACGUGCUGGUGAGUCACGGGGCCCACGUGGCCGGACUGAAUCCGAAGAGUUUCCGGACUUUCAAGAGUUUCCGGAAAAUGUUGUCGAAUCCGGCGCGCAGCAUCAUCGACGGCGAGCUCGUGUGGAAUUUUAUGCAACUGUCGAUUUCCGAGAAGAUUGAGAUCUCGAAGAAAAUCGGCACCAAACUGGAGGAGCUGCAGGAGGAUCUUGGCGACAUUCAAAAGUUGGCCAACCAUUUUUAGGUUAUUUUAUGUUUUUUGAAUGGGGCCUUUACUGGUGCACAAAACGAUGUGUGAUACUUUUUUUUAGGGCAAGUAGUUUUGGAGUUAGGUCCACUUGAAUGGUAUUUAAAAAAAUGGAAAUUUAACUGUAAGGUAUAAAUUUUUUAAUACUGUUGAAAAUGUCCUUUUACUUAGAAAAUAUUGAUUUUUUUGAUUUUUUUAUAAAUACAUUAAUUGUUUGAAAUUAAAAAACCUUUAAUAUAAA